UUUAUAAACCUUGCGAGAACUUCAGGCGAUUAGUUCUUUGUGCCUUGGCUACUUCAAGAGUGAUGUUCGGACGUACACACUUCUUCUUCAGAGGAGUAGUUCUCGGUCGUUCUGCUGUCACUCCACAAUGGAGGUCAGCGGGAGCUUCCAGAACUGACAGAAUUGAGCAUCAGGCGCGACUAGCUCAGACCUCCUCUUUUGCUGGUCAAGCAGCUUCUCAUCGUCACAUGUCCACCGUUAAAAUGGAAGACGUCAACUCAGUGCCGAGCGGACAGUCAGCAUGGAAACUGGAUUUCAGCAGUCAUUCCUUUGCUUUCAAGCACAAGAAGACCAAAGAGUUGAUCAGGGGUCUUCUUGUUCUGAACGCAUGCGCAGUCGACACCCUCGUCAACCACAGCAUCAGGUUGCUGACCCUCGGCGAACGUAUUUUGGGAGAGAAGCUACUGAGCAUCUUCGUGGCGCCGUUCUACAAUCAGUUCGUGGCCGGAAACAGCGAGGACAAACUGGCAGCCAUCAGCCGUAGCCUCCACGAGGUCAACGUGAAGCUCAUGGUGGCUCCCAUGUUGGAGACGGACAUCGGGGAAGGACAUGACCUUGAGGCCAUGUACCGCAAGAAUUUGGAUAAGACGUUGUUCCUUAUCGAGAUGGCAAGAAGGCACAAUCUGAGUCGACAUUCCACGCCCAUCUGUCAAACUAAGCACACAGCUCACCUCUCCGCGGAUGUACUGGCUAAGAUAUCUACAGCUUACAUGUCCCUGAGCGAGGAGAAGCGAGCUGAGGCAGUGAGGGGUUUGGCAUUGCUGAUGGAGGCCUCUGGUAAGGAUGGUUUCAGAGAGGGAACGUUACCCGAGGUCUCUUCACCCUUGGAGCUUCUGAGAUUGGACAUAGACGAUUACCAACAACUGAUGGAAUCGCUGCCGAGAUUAUACAUACUUGGUGAGAAGUGUGUGAAGGAAAAUGUAAUUUUAGCCGUCGAUGCUGAAUUCACCUAUACAAAUCCAGCCAUCAACUUUCUUACACUGGCCAUGAUGAAGGUCUUCAAUACUGGAAGGAAACCCCUUAUCUGGAACACUUACCAAGGGUACUUGAAGUCAGGGCUGCAGAACUUACAACAUGACUUGCGCCUUGCUCGUGCCCUGGGCAACGUGGGAUUUGGGGUUAAGAUCGUCCGGGGAGCCUACCUCGAGAGGGAGAGGUCCGAUGCCCUCGAACAAGGUCACCCUGACCCCGUCAAUGACACCUACGAGGACACGUGUUCCAUGUACAACAGCAUGGUGGACGCGAUGUUACAAGAGGUCCAGAAGGACCCAGAAGGAAAGGCCAUCGUUGUGGCCACUCACAACGAGGAAUCCGUCCUGUUGGCGGCGAGCAAGAUGGAGGAACUGGGUUUGGACCCUACGGUGGGCAAUGUGGUCUUCGGCCAAGUCUACGGUAUGGCAGAGAAUAUCACCCUUCCUUUAGCUCACUGUGGGUACCUAGUGUACAAGUCCGUCCCCUAUGGGAGCAUGCUGGAGGUGAUGCCCUACCUAUCCCGACGGGCCAGCGAAAACAGGGCGGUCUUACGAGGGGCCAGGAAGGAGAGGCAACUCCUUUCUCAGGAACUGAGGAGUAGGUUCUCCUUUUCCACCUGAUUAGGAGGUGGAGGGAACCUUAACUCUAGGACUACCAUCUCCGGCAGAAAAAAGAAAAAGAAGGAGAAAAAGAAAGUCCUUAUUACAAUAAAUUAGCCUUAUUCUGACAAGAGGAACCUGGAAACCAAGUUCACUGUGGAAUCUUAUGGACGAUGAAACCACCAAAAUAAAGUAACCAUUCCUUUCUGUAAAUAUUGAUAUUUUACUGGUUUCCACAACCAGGCCGUUUUUAGUAUCUUCUUUUGGUAAACAAAAACAGAGAGGGUUGGUUCCUGCUGCAGAGAGUUACCAUCUUUUUACAGAAAUGGAGCUUCAUUAUUAGAGAUACAUGAAAAUGAACAAGAUGCCAUACUAACCCUUGUGCCAUUUUCUUCUACAAUUUGUAUUUACCUUAUCAGUGGACUGUCUUCACAAUAUAUGGGAUCUUCAUCGAUAAAUAUUUACACAUUAAAAUUAA